AUGACAUACAAUCCAAACUGGCCAGAAAUUCAGUUAUCUUUAUUAUCAGAACAAACUUCUCAAGAUCGACCAGAUAUUUGUGCUUGCAUAUUUCGAUUAAAAUUAAAAGCUCUUUUUAAAGACAUUAUUAAAAAUAGUAUUUUUGGUAAAACUUUUGCUUAUAUUUAUGUUAUUGAAUCACAAAAAUGUGGUCUUUUAUAUGCACAUAUAUUGAUUAUAUUAUCACCUGAUUGCAAACCACAUACAACAAAAGAUUAUGAUUGUAUUAUAUCAGCAGAAAUCCCAGAUUCUAAUAAUCUUCCACAUGAGUAUGCAACUGUAAUACAAUGUAUGAUGCAUAGAUUAUGUGGAAAUUAUAAUAUGCAUGUACCUUGUAUGCAAGAUGGCAAAUAUUCAAAAGGUUAUCCAAAGCCUUUUCAAGCAGUAAUCAGUCAAAAUGAAGAUGGUUAUCCUAUAUAUCAACAAUGUCAAAAUAGUCAAACUGUUAAAGUUAAAGGAAGUCAUGAUCGUGCAACAAUAGCACUUAAUAAUGAUAAUACUGUAGAUGAGAUUCAUCAAUAUAUUGACACAUGUUAUAUAUUAGCACAUAAGUCUAUUUGGUGUAUUAUGCAUUAUAAAAUGCAUGAUGAAGCUCCUAAUGUUAUACGUUUAGUUGUUCAUCUUCCUGGUCAACAUUUAGUUACUUUUACUGAUAAUGAAUCUUUGGUCAAUGUUGCUCAACUGGCACAAAAUCAAAAAUCUACUUUAAAAGCAUGGUUUGAUGCUAAUUGUGAUCAAAAUAUUUGCCAAAUAGCAAAAAGCUUAACUUAUACUCAAUUUCUUCACAAUGAUGAUAUUUUGCAUCGUAUAUUAUAUAAUCCAAAUUUUCAAUUAACACAACAAGAAAUUGAAUCAUGUGCUUUGCAUGAAUUAGAAGAUAUUCUUAUGCAACAAGGCAAAUCAUUAAAAGAUUUUCCUAAUAUGCCAAUUCCUACUACUGUAUGUUAUUUUGCUAAUUGGUUGCUUAAUGAAGAAUUAAAUUAUAAUCAAGCUAUACUUCGCAAUUUUCUUGAUCAAAAUCUUUCAUAUGUAGCAGCUCAAUCAGAAUUUGCUAAUUGGCUACUUCAGGUUGGUGAAGGGCUUAUUUCUGAAGUUCAACCUAAUAGUAGUUUUAUACGUUUAUUCUCUAAUAUUAUUAUCAAAUCAGAAACUAUUCAAAAUUUAAUAAAAUUUGUGUAUUCUAAUUUACAAGCCAAUAUUUGUAAUCCUACAUAUUUUACUGAAAGAGGUAUUCUUGCACCACUUAAUGAUGAUGUUGAUAUGCUUAAUAUUAAAAUUCUUUUACAAUUUUUUGAAAAUAAAAAGACUUACUACAGUGCAGAUACAUUGGAUAAAAAUUCUAAAAUAUAUAAUACA